CCACUGCCCGUCUCCCACACUCCACUGCACGCUUCUCCUAUAAAUCGAAGCCGUCGUCUCCCUCCUUCCUCCCCCUCCCCCUGUACGCUCACACGCCAAUGGAAGCUCGCCUCAAUUAGGCAACAAGUAACCCAACCCGUGCGGAGCAGCCACCGCCGGGCGCUUCCAAGAUCGCACCUUUCCCACGCGCGGCGACAGUAAUCGCCAAGAACAGCGAAGAAAAAAAAAAUCAGUUCUUGAUUUGACCCAGGCGAGCUCUGUGCUGUCCCCAUGGAGGCGAAGCAACCCGUGCCGCCGCGGCUGCCUCCGGGGUUCCGUUUCCGCCCCACCGACGAGGAGCUGGUCGUGCACUACCUCCGCCGCCGCGCGCUCGCCUCCCCGCUCCCCGCUGCCGUCGACAUCCCAGACGUCCGUAUCCUCGCGCACGACCCCUCCGACCUCCUCCCUCCAGGGUGGAGCGAGCAGGAGCGGUACUUCUUCACGUGCAAGGAGGCAAAGUACGUGAAGGGCCGCCGCGCGAACCGGGCCACUGGCGCCGGGUACUGGAAGGCCACAGGCAAGGAGAAGCCCGUCGCCGUGGCUGUACCGGCGCCGAGGGGCAGCCAGGCCGUGCUCGUGGGCAUGAAGCGCUCGCUGGUGUUCUACCGGGGGAAGCCCCCGAGCGGCAUCAAGACGGACUGGGUGAUGCACGAGUACCGCCUCGCCGGGGCCGGCCUCGCCCCGUGCCGCCGCGCGCAGGGCGACCACGCCGAUGCCACCGCCGCCGCCUCGGCGGUGUCGCGCCCAGCGGAGGGUUGGGUGCUCUGCCGCGUGUUCAGGAAGAAGGGAUCCGCAUCUGCCGCCGCCGCCGCGAGCUCGGCCGACCGGAGCGACGCCGACGCCGAAGCUGAGGAGCGCGUCGCGGAGGACGCCCAGGGCGCGAGGUUCAUCGACUUCUUCGCUCGCGCGGACCAUGCGCGGCGGCGGCGCGCAGCGUCGCCUGUGGUGUCGUCGAGCUGCCUGACCGAUGCGUCACACGAGCAGCACUGCCGGGAGCAGGAGACCACCAGCAGAGGCGCUUGAAGGCAGGCUCAGCAAAGCUUUGUAAGUUGCAGCGAUCCUGCUGCUGCCCAAUUUGGUCAGUAGGAGUAAUUAGCAACGCAAGAGAGAGGCAGGCUUAAGUUCAGUUCCGGUUCGGUUCAGUUCAGUCUUCAGUCUUCAGUGUAGCUACUGAAACUAAUGUACCUGAUCAAUCCCAUGGCUAUGUCAGUGCCAGAGCGCUUCCAGUUUCAAA